GCGCAAAUUAGCGUCGGUUUCUACUUUUCAAAGCUACCUUGUGAUUCGCAGCAUAAAAAUUUCAAGCUCACCGGCGGUUAAAUCUCCAAAAGAAAUCCUUAGUUUCCAUGAUUUCAGUUCCUCUCCCGCUCAUACUCUCCAAAUUCCACAGAAUUUUGUUUUUCUCGCUUCCAAAUCCCUCACCCACUGUCAAAUUUCUUAAUUUGCUUUCUUCCUGUUAUCGAUGGCAACGAGAAAUCGAACCUUGCAUUUCAAAAAACACAGAGACGCAGUGAAGAGCGUGCGUGCUCCUUUAUCAUCAUCAUCAUCAGCCUCCGGUUCGAAUGGUCCGGUUAUUGAAAUGGUCAGCACUUCAUUUCUUCGUUCCAAACACGCCUCUUAUGCUCCUCUUAGCACCGAAGAUCCCGGUCCCUCUUCUUCUAGUGCUAGUGAUGCAUUUACUAUUGGUUUGCCACCAGCAUGGGUAGAUGAUAGCGAAGAAGUGUCUGCAAAUAUUCAACGAAUUCGAAUUAAAAUGGCUGAGUUGGUUAAGGCUCAUGCUAAAGCUCUAAUGCCUUCUUUUGGAGAUGGAGAAGAUGAUCAGCGAAUGAUCGAAACUCUUACUCGAGAGAUUACUGAUUUAUUGAGGAAAUCAGAAAAGAGGUUACAGAAACUUUCCGCUAGUGAGUCUCCCGAGGAUUCAAAUGUUAGAAAAAAUGUACAGCGUUCUCUUGCAACAGAUCUUCAGAACCUCUCAGUGGAUCUACGGCGAAGACAGUCAACGUAUCUUAAACGCCUACAGCAGCAAAAAGAGGGACAUGAUGGGGUUGACUUCGAGAUGAACUCAAACGAGAACAAAUUCAGAUACGAAGAUGAUGAAUUUAAUGAUGUGGGCUUUAGUGAGUACCAAUUAACUAAGCUAAAAAAAAGCAAGCAGUUGUCCGAAGAAAGGGAGAGAGAGAUCAAUCAGGUUGUGGCAUCAGUACACGAGCUCGCACAAAUCAUGAAAGACCUCUCUGUCCUUGUGAUAGAUCAGGGUACAAUUGUUGAUAGAAUAGAUUAUAACAUUCAGAACGUCGCCACCUCCGUAGAGGAGGGCUUUAAGCAGUUGCAGAAGGCGGAAAGGUCACAGCAGAAAGGCGGAAUGGUGAUGUGUGCAACAGUGCUUCUCAUUAUGUGUUUCGUCAUGCUAGUACUCCUGAUCCUCAAGCAGUUAUUUGUGUGAAUAUGUUGAAUAUUGCUACUGACCCUUAGUCUGCUAGUUGUAUAUGCUCUGUUAUGCACAUUUAGAAGGAUGGCAAUCUGACUGGGUAGCUUCUAAAGAUGGCCCCUAUUAUGGCUGUUUUUGUUACUGUUCUGGGCUUCACCCUGGGUGCCUUUUCUUUUUGAAGCCAGGUUGAGGAUAGAUCUGUUGUAACAAUUCUUUCUUGCAAAUAUCCAAUUUAAUGAAAGCCAAAGGUGUAUAGCCCCUUUUUAGAUUG